CUAGUGGCAGAGUAUUUCCUAUUAUGGUGCGGCCCUCGGAGGAGUCCUCAGUAGUAGAGGCUGCUGCGACGCUGGUGUGGGAGUUUGAUAAGUUCUGGUUUCCCCCGGCCUCGGACGAACCUCAACCAUUCUGGUUCGCCAUGCACUCCCAUUUACCCAAAUUCGAUGCGCCCAAGAAGGAAGGACAACGUUACUUCCCAGGGAUCCUUCCACUCGUCUUGUCGAUUCUAUUGAACCCGAUAAGGGCCUGGUCCUUGCCCAUAUGGUUCCGCUUACGCCUGGCCAUCAUGUGCGACCAGACGAUCCGUAACGUAACUUUACCUUCUGAGCAAGCAUUUGUGAAAACCCUAGCGGACCGAGUAACUCUCAGACUAGCACAGACCAUCGUCAUCGACCAGCCUGAUAACGGAGCUAUCAUGGCUACUCAUGGACUUUACAGAGCGCUCUUCCUCACCCUCAUAUUUCGCCAUAACGGGUAGUAGUACAACCUCUGUGAAGUAGAUAAGGAGGCAAUGCUGUUUCAGCCUGGCCGAGAUGAGUCUGAAAUUGCUACGGCCUUUGCCUGAGGACAACGAGACAGUGGGUAAAUUCACAGAGUGCACCAAGGCGGUUCUAUGUAACCGGUAUAUUAACUACGCACUGAGUGACGCCUGCAACCCGGUAAGAGGGCGGCGAGUCGCGGGAAGCCUUCUCCUGGAUAGGGGUGCGGUGUCCCUGUGCUUACUAGCAGCUAUCAGCUCGAGCUCAGUAGGAGCUCGAUAGGACGAACCUAGUGUUCGGCUGGAAUAGUCCCCACCUCGAUGGAUGUACUCCAGGACAUCGCAGAGAAGAGACCUUCUGAGGCCCCAGAGGACCGCCACGUUUUGGACGAGCUGUGCCGUGACGACCCCGAGUUCCUGGUCGAAGGCCCCGAGUCGGAUGCUGACAGUGCCCUCAUGGAACGGCUGAAGGACUUCUUCUUACUAAACUACCCCAACAACACAGUUCCGAAGGUUUUAGUACUUUCCCUCAGCGGUGGAGUGGACUCAAUGACCCACCUCUACCUCCUUUCUAAGCUGCAACAGCCUCUAGGCUUCAAGCUCGUCGCUUGCCACAUUAGACACUCUAACCGAGACGACGCCAUACAGGAGCUACAAUGGGUCACCUACGUAACAGCACGCCUCGGGGUGCCACUCUACCACCACCAUGUGAAGCUCCGUCGGCCGCAUGGCUCUCUCAAGACGGGCAUCAGCAGGAUGGAUUACGAGAAGCAAACCCGAGAUAUUCGGUUCAGCAUGUACGCUAAGGCGCACAAGCUAGCGUGGGCUGCAGCGGGCCUUCCUGAGGAGGAGCGAACUCAGCCUGUCGUGGUCGUAGGCCACCACAUGGAUGAUGUGGAUGAGAAUCGCCUCGCUGAGUUGGGCAAGGGCAACCUCCUGAACAUCAACGGUAUGGUCAUCAACGCUGAGGGUGACGGCGACGACGAGAUAGGGGGUGUGUGUCAAGUACGACCGUUGCUAUUGAGUACUCGGAAGGAGGAGCUUAUCGCCUGUGCGGCACGCCACAAUAUUCCCUACAUGGUUCUAGAUCUGGGCUUCCCGGCUGAUGGGGAGGCUAGGAAGAGCUUCCUCCAGGACUUGACGGAGGCUGGGGACCUCUCCGAUGUCCUCGAUCAGCAGGUGUCUCAGGCGUCCAUCGACCUUGUUCCUCAUAGAAUCAUACCAGGAGGGGAGGCUAGGUUCAAAAAGCAGAACCGUGUUGUCAAUGGCUUUAACUUCCUAGCGCUCGAUACGAGUAACCUGUUCACUGAUGCUGCCAAGGACGCCCCGUUGCUGAUGAAGGAGAUAGCUGAGACGAAGGAGAGGCUCCUCAGUGUGGUGUCGAGGAUCGCCCAGGCCUGGGGACCUGCUGUGGCUGCUUAUAAGGAACGAGUUUCCCUUUCAUCGGAGGAGACCUCAACAGGAGAGUCCGCCUCUUGUGAUGCUUUGACGGAUGAGGAUGAAGAGGUUGGCUGUGACUCACCUCACAAGUGCCCGAUACAGCCCAUACGACUAGCCCAGCUCAGAGAUGAAUCCCUCACAGUCACUAUAUUACUCAACGUCAUGAUACGUCUCCAUGACAAGAACCCGAUAUAUCGACAACAGUUCUUCCAAGGCAAGAGGCCUUCUCGCCGUUCAGUAGAGCACUUCUGUACUACUGCGCAGACCACUCGGAAGCCCUUUGUCCUCACUGCUAUGCGCAAGACAUGUCCAGGUCUAUACGUUUCUUCACCCAGCUACUUAUGCCUGUUUGACCAUAAUGCGGAGCUCGAUGAAGCCUCUGCAGGGAACAGGGAGUCUCUCGCGAAAGUGCUGUUCAACAGCUUCACCAGAGUCAUAGCCGAAAGCACUACCAAUGCUAAGUAG